AUGGCUCUGAAGCGGAUCAAGAAGGAAUUGAGUGACCUGCAGAGGGAUCCUCCUGCCCAGUGGUCCGCAAGACCUGUGGGAGAUGAUUGGUUCUGCUGGCAGGCCACCAUCACCGGCCCGAAUGACAGUCCUUACCAAGGAGGCAUUUUCUUCCUGAACAUCCACUUUCCCACAGAUUAUCCAUUCAAACCCCCAAAGGUUGCUUUCACGACCAAAAUUUACCACCCCAACAUCCACAGCAACGGCAGCAUCUGUCUCGACGUCCUGCAGUCCCACUGGUCUCCAUCACUGACAGUGUCGGAAGUGCUCUUAUCCAUCUGUUCCCUGCUCUGCGAGCCCAACCCUGACGACCCUCUGGUGCCAGAGAUAGCUCACACCUACAAGGCCAACCGAGAGAAAUACAACAAACUGGCGAGAGAGUGGACACAAAAAUAUGCUAUGUGA